AUGGAGUGUCAGCUUGAGUGUAUUUUCUAAGACUCCCCUGUCAAUGAGAGUCUACAGCAACCACAAAUGAACAAAAGGCAAAGUACAAAUGAACAAGGUGGGAAGAGGCAAGGAUCAAACUACUUAGACUUUCGUUUACUUUCCUUUCAUCGCUAUCAAUGUCUGAAGAAGUUACUUAUGCAGAUCUAAAAUUCCAGGACUCCAGUGAGAUGGGAAAUAUUCAAGAGUUUGACCAAGUUGGUGUGAAAGCACCUCCUGCUCCUUCCCAUGUGUGGCGUCGAAGAGCCUUGGCUCUGAUUCUUCUGUGCCUUCUGCUGCUGAUUGGACUGGGAGUGUUAGGAAGCAUAUUUUACCUAACUUCGAAAAUAGAAAUGGAAAAAUUGGAAAAGCUACAAAAUUUCAGAGACAAACUUCAGAGUAAUGUUUCUCUACAACUAAUAUAUAAUAUGGAUAGUCUUGAGAAGAUCAGAAACCUCUCUAGCACACUGCAAGAAAUGGCCACCAAAUUAUGUUAUGAACUAUGUAGAAAAGAACCAGAGCACAAAUGUAAACCUUGUCCAAAGAAAUGGGAGUGGCAUGAGGACAGCUGUUAUAGAGAAUUUAAAAAGUCUGAGACAUGGCAACAGAGUGACUUCACAUGUUCUGCUCACAAUGCCAGCCUGGUGAAGAUUAAGAACAAAAGUGUAUUGGAAUUUAUAAAGUCCAAGGAGUUAUAUGGCUAUUGGUUAGGAUUAUCUCCCAGAGAAGAUUACAAAUCUAGGAAAGAAUUGGAUGAAACAAUUAUCUCCUCUGACUGGUUUACAGGAAACACAAGUGACUUAAAUGCUGCAAUGUAUUGUGGAUAUAUAUAUUCUAAGUAUGUUUAUUAUGAUCUCUGCACUGAGGGAAAAAAUGCUAUAUGUGAGAAGUUAGCUAAUCCAGUGAAGAUUGAGAGCAUACUAAUGAAUGAAGAACCAAGUGAAAGAAUGUAGUUAGUGUAAUUAACUACAACUUUAAGUUACAUGUAUCUUGUGGACCACACAAAUGGAAUAAAGAUGUUG